AUGCCUGGUUCACCUCCCGAGCUAACGGGGUCUAAGUCCUCUAAAUCCUCAUCAUUCCAUUCCUCAUACCAAUCCGACAAUGAUGAGAUUCUUUCCGAUGUUAAUAACUUCGAAGAGAUUGGACUCGAUGAUGAAUCAAGAAUUGACUCGGAGAUUGGUGAUUUCGCUGUCAAGAUGUCGAUAAAUCCAUUUUCUUCCACAUUUACAACCGAUCUGCGAAGUCAUGCGAAGCAACAACGACAACAACGAGUUCCAAUGUCCAUCACACAAGGAAAUACUAGGAUUCCAAGAGAUUUAACAUCAACUACAAAGGGUCGUCCAGGUUAUCCAACAUUAAGGUCACAGAUAAGGAACGCGGCAUCAGAUGGCUUGGCAAUCGUCCCUGUGCCAAGUUCAUCGGCAAGAAUUAGAAGGGGAUUGAGUAGUCCCAAUGCACCUGCAUUACCGACCACACUUACACGACAGCGAAGUCUGAGCCCAAAUGUUUCAAGCACAAGCCCAAGGAGUAGUGUUUCCGGAGGAUCCGCCAAAGGAAGAAGGGGCAGUUGGGUCUCAAAUAGAGACAGAAAAACUAUACAGGAGUUAGAAAAGGAAUGCGAUGAGGAUGAUGGAGAUGAUGUACCUGACGAAUGUCUUUUGGAAAACGUGCCGAUAUCACCACGACCUCCCCAAGAACGAGCAAGUGCUGCACCAUCAGCAUCGACGAGCCCGGAAAGGCCUGUGAAGGAAAAAUUGAAGCCACUUGGGAAUGGUACUUCUGCGAAACCAGCAGAACAGGGAGAACUUAGAUCACCAAGAGCUCUCAUAACACGAGUCGCAACCACCGGACAAUUUCCAACUAAUAUUUUUAAUUCUAAUAAACCACGCGCCAAGAGCUGGAACGAAGCUUUGUCGGAUCUGAGCGAAGAAGCAAAGGCUUUGACGGAAGCCUUGGAGGCACAUGCGGAGGAUGAGCAAAGGAGGGAUUCUGACCCUCGUAGCUUUUUGCGUUCAGCCAGCACAAAGCCAACGAGAGUGAAAUCAUCAUUCGCCGAAUUACCUCCCCUACGAAGAACCGAACUUAUGAUCGACCCGCUACCUAUAUCAAAGGAGAAAGAGGCAGUCCUUUCAAGGACGAGACCAUCUUGGCUUCCUCCGAAGGAUCCGGCUGAGGAAAGACGACAUCUCAAGGAAUAUCAAAAGAUGAUGGCAUCCGCAGAGAAAGUGGAACUCAAGAAAGAAUCUGAAAAACGUAGCAAAUCCACUUGUAGGGAUGAUACAGCAAGUUCACUGUUGAGGAUCUGGGAAGAACAUGUUUUGCCCAAUUGGGAUGAUGUGAUAAGACAACGAAGAACGAGAGAGCUGUGGUGGAGAGGCAUAGCACCAAGAAGUCGUGGAGUCGUAUGGACAAGGGCGAUUGGGAAUCCAUUAGGAUUAUCAGAUUCAUCAUAUACUGCUGCUCUUCGAAGAGCUCAAGCUUUAGAAACGACAAUCAAAAGUGGUUCUCAAUUAAGUGUAGAGGAAGAAAGAAAGAAAGGUUGGCUUGAGCGAAUUGAAAGGGAUAUCAAGGUGACAUAUCCUGAAUUACGAAUAUUUCAACCCGAGGGACCUUUGCAUGUGGCUUUGACGGAUGUUCUCAAAGCUUAUUCCAUGUACAGGAGUGAUGUGGGUUAUGUGCAUGGAACAAGUACAAUUGCGGCUAUUCUUCUUCUCAACCUUCCCGAUCCUUCCGCAUCCUUUCAAGCCCUUUCAAAUAUACUCAAUCGGCCUCUAUCCCUCUCCUUCCACACCAAUGACUCCGGUGCCAUCUCUCGCGUUUAUGGUCUCUUCCUCACCACCCUCUCGCAGAAAUCACCUCGCCUCCAUGCUCAUCUCACCUCGAAAGACCUAAAUUUAAACCCAGACGUCUAUCUCCGCGACACAUUCGCUUCUCUGUUCACUAGUUCGGUAUCCCUCGAUAAUGCCAGUAGAUUGUGGGACAUAGCGGUUUUUGAAGGUGAUAGCGUGUUGGUUAGGGCCGCAGUGGCGCUUUUUGGUAUGUUGGAAAGUAAACUCCAUGCGGUUAGUAGUGAUCGGGAGAUUUUGGAGGUGCUGAAGGAGGGAAUCGAGGCUGAGGGGUUAGAGUUGGGGGAGGAGGAUUGGGUUGCGGCUGUUAGAGGAGCGGGGAAAUCACGAGAGGGGAUUUAA